GCAGACUCUUCCGGUUCCGGCCCCGGCGGGCCCAGGUCCAGUGCGAGGUGGUCGUGCUGACCCGCUGGGUGCUUGUCGAGCGCCCUUCGCCCGCGUGGCCACAGCAGCAACCCGGAGAUCCGUCCCCCUCGAGAGCGGACCUGUGACGUAGGAGUCCACGGGGAGCCAGGCCCGGCGGCCGGCACGUGACCCGCGAGCGGAGGCCCCGAGCCCGGCAGCGUCCCCUGCGAACUUGGACGCGGAGCCAGAGACUGGGACUGUGGGCCCGGAGUCUUCCACCGAGCAUCUGACUCUUCAUCUCUUCAAGUUUGAUCAUGAGAUUGCAACAAUUCAGUCAUAUCUUCAGGCCCCACUUCUAACUCUGGGUCUUGCUGUUUCCCUCACAUCUGUAGUUAAUUCUUUCACUGAAGUCUUGAGCCCACAGUUUGCUAAUAAACCCAAUAUCUGCAAAGUGGCAGUCCUGUGAAGCAUGAUCAAACAAACAAGACCAAAGCCAGAUGAAGAUGAACUUAAAGAUAAUAAGGAAAGAUUCCUAGUUUUGGACCUAAAAGUACUUUCUUGAAUAGGAAAGUCAUUAAGCCUGACUUUACAUCAUUGAGUGAGAAGAACAGCAUCCCAGCUAAAACGUUCUAGCGUGCAACAGACUGCAGCCUGUGGAGUAUUCUGGGCAGCAAGCUCUAGAGCUAAGGGCUGGAGGAUAAACAGGUUUGUGAAGGCUAUCGACAACACACCAAUCCAGUGAAACGGAAAGCUGGUCGGGUUUCAAGGUCUGUGGGAAGAUAGCCACUGCUUGCUGGGUGUUGUGUGCUAGAGAACCAGGCAUUGCUAAAGGACAUAUAUUACCUUACCCGUCACCUUUGUACCCGUCACCUUUGUCCACAGCCCAAUGGAGUUCAUAACAGCCCUGGCUGACCUCCAUACGGGGGCUAGCUGUCAUUGUCUAGACUACUUCAAAGAGCCAGUGACCACUAACUGUAGGCAUAACUUCUGUCUCUCCUGCAUCAGUAUGUCCUGGAAAGAUCUAAGUGAUACUUUCCCCUGCCCCUUUUGCCGUCACAGCUCUCCAGAAAGGAAAUUCACCAAUAAUCCCCAACUGGGCAAUUUGAUUUAAAUUGCUAAGCUACUACAGAUAAGAAGCAAGAGGAAGAGGAAGGAAGAGAAGCUUGUAUGUGAAAACAAUCAAGUUUUGACCUUUUGCUGUCAGAAGGACCUAGAAGUUUUAUGUCCACAGUGUAGUUUCUCCACUCAUCACCGGAAUCACUAUAUUUGGCCCAUAGAGAAGGCUGCUCCCCAUCAUAGGAAAAGAUUGCAGAACUGCAUUGAACCAUGGAAGGAGAGAAUAGAACAAGUCGAAAAAGUGAUAAUCACGCAAAGCAGAAAAUCAUUGGAACUGAAGAAGGUACAAUGUAGGAGAGAAGAAAUAAAGUCUGAAUUUGAGCGACUUUUGUUUCUCAAAAAUGAGCGAGAGAUUGUUCUUCGGCAAUUACAAGAUGGAGAAAUGGAUAUUUUAGCCAAACUAAAUGAAAACAACAUUUCAAAUUAUCUUUCUACAUUAAAAUAUCUCUCAAAGGAAAUAGAGGGCAAAUAUCUGAAGUCAGAGCUGGAAUUACUGACAGAUAUUAAAAGUAUCUACUGUAGAUAUGGAACCUUAAAGUCCCCUGAACCUUUUUUAUCAAUAAAGGAAUAUGGUUACCAUCUUCCUCCACAAUAUUUUGGCCUAAAGAAAAUUAAGAGUUUUCAGGUGGAUCUAAUUCUAGAUUGUGAAACAGCACAUCGUAAGCUCGUUAUCUCAGAAGAUAGAAAAACUGUGUGAUAUGGAACUAAAGCACAUAACUUACCUCGUAACCCAAGGAGGUUUUAUCUCUCCCCAGCUGUUCUGAGUUCUAUAGGUUAUAAUUCUGGCAAGCAGUAUUGGGAGGUAGAAGUGAAAGACAAGCCUGAAUGGAUCAUGGGUGUCUGUAAAGACUCCAGAAGGAGAAAGAAUCAGAAUCAACCAGUUUUAGUGCAGGACAGAUUAUGGGGUGUUGGACGAUGUAGUCUGAGUAAUUAUAUUGCAUUGGGUCCUAGAAAAAUUAAUCUUCUGCCAAAAGUAAUACCUACAAAGACUGGUAUUUUUUUAGACUGUGACUUGGGUGAGGUUUCCUUUACAAUUUGAGUGAUAAAUCUCUAUAUUUUUAAUAUUAAAGAAACAGUCUGGCCUUAUUUCUAUACUGGAACUGACUCAAAACAUCUUAAAAUCUGUGCAGUAACAGAUUCUGAAUGAUGAACUAUUGUAAAACUCUUUUAAUUGUUCUUUUCUUUUCAGGUAGUGGACAAAACUAAGCCAGUGACUCUAGUCUCAACAAUUCUGUUGAGUUUCUUGUUGGAUUUUUGUUUCAUUUUUUCAGUUUUAAACAACCAGAAUGAUUUUACCUCAGCAGCUUCUAAAAUAUUUGUUUAAAGGGUACCUGGCUGGUCCCAUCAGUACUGCAUGCAACUCUUGAUCUCACAUUGUGAGUUUGAGCCCCAGGUUGAGGGUACAGUUUACAUUUUUAAAAAUGUGGUUAUAGGGCAGCCCCAGUGGCUCAGCAGUUUAGUGCCACCUUCAGCCCGGG